UACCCUCCAACUGGGGUUUCCACUUUGUGCUUUUGAGCUUGCCUUUCAUGUCGGGCGGCUUCGAUUUUGAUGAAUUGGAGGAUUUGGAGCAGGAUCGCCCUCUUCGCGCCGCGCCGCGCUCCGACGAGGAAGCGGAGGCCGAGGAUGAAGCGGAGGCGGACGAUCUCUUUGACUACGACCCCCGCUGCACCGUGGCCACCGGCUUGGCCACGGACGUGGCACUGCCCGCCGUCGCAGUGGCCGUGGAGACGCUCGACGCGCGGCCGCGCGGUCCGGCGGAGGCGGCUGAGUCGCCCAACGAGCUGAGGGAAGUGGGCAAUACUUGCUUCCGCAGCGGCGACUUCGAAGGCGCCGAGCGUUUCUACUCAACGGCACUGGCCGCUCAGCAGGGCCAGCAGAGCCCCAGGCUGUUCUCGAACCGCGCCGCCACGCGCUUGAAACUUGCGAAGUGGGAUCAGGCGCUGCAAGACAUCAUGGAGGCAACGAAGCGCGAUCCUGCGAACCCCAAGGUUUGUGAGCGCUUCGCCCGAUGUUUGCUGCUGAACAAUCGUUUGCCCGAAGGUGUCCACAUCUGCCGGCAGCGGCUCAAAAACCUCACCGACGCGCAGAAGGCUGAUGCUUGGAAGCCCUUUAUUGAGAUCUCAUCCCGCUUGAGCCAUCAUGCUGGAGUCCUCCAUGAGAUGGAGGGCAUCUUGAACUCGGUGCACAGCUCCACUGCUCAAAGAAUCGAGUCAAGCCCCGUGGCAGACGCCCGGGCGAUCGUACAUGGCUGCGACUCCAUGUUGAAAUUGCUCAGUGACCUGGAGACCACCUCGCCCUUCGGUGUGCGCCUGCGGUUUGGAAAGCUGCGUGCCUACUUGUAUCCCAUUCCCGGGUCCACGACUUCGGACCUGGCGGCAGAGGAGCGACUGGACUGGGCCAAGAAGGCCUUGCAGCUGACGGAGGAGCUACUGCAGGAGGACCCCCGUUGGCCGGACUCGCACCACUGGCGGGCCCGGGCGCUGGUGCGUUUGCAGCGGCGCUCUGAGGCUCGAGAGGCGCUGCGAAGGGCACAGCUUUGUGCAGAGGAGAAGGGUGGCCAACACAACCUCACGGAAGAGCUUUUGGACGGAAUGAGGCAUGUUGACCAGCAGAAGGAGCGCGGCAACGAGGCCUACCGCACACAAGAAUGGAGCUUAGCAAAAGAGUGCUACGACUUGGCAAUUGCUGCAGAUGCCUUGCGGAUGGACGUGGAGCUCAGCGCGCAGUUGCACUGCAAUCGCGCGAGCGUUUGGCACCGCUUGGAGCAGACGAGCUGCGCGAUGGAGGACCUACACCUGGCCUUACGUCUGGUGCCCAGCUACGGCAAGGCCCGGGUGCGGCGCGGGAUGCUCUACAUGGAGCUGGAGCGCUACGGGGAGGCCGUGCACGACUUCGAGAUCGCCUUCAAAGAGACGCCGCGCUUCGAAGGCCUUAGUGCCUGGCGUGCCGUGGCACUGCGCUGGGCUGCCCGCCCACCACGGCGGAACUUCUACGCGCUGCUGGGCCUUGGAGUCCUGGCGACGCCGCAGGAGAUCAAGAAGGCUUACCGGAAGAUGGCCCUGCGGUGGCACCCAGAUAAGCACCAAAAAAGCGCAGCACUCGCGCAGCACAUCGGGCCAUCCCGGUGCCCGGCCUUGAGGAACGUCGACCGCGCCGAGGAGGCAGCGCAGAGGUUCAAGGAGGUGCAAGAAGCCUUCGAGGUGCUUUCAGACCCGGCCAGACGUUCAGAGUGGGAUCCUUUUGAGGCGACAGGGAACAGCUUUGGAUAUCCCGGGCGGCCUGCGUGGCCAUGAUGUGGGA